CUGCUCUUCUUCUUCCUCCUCCGCCGUGUCAUUCCCUUCCGUCAUCCAAAUGGCCAGAACAGCAUGCGCCAAUCUCAUCCCAACCCUAACGUUUCUUCCACUCAAAUCCACUGUUUUCACCAGAAGCUCCCAAUUAAUGGGUGUCAUUGGAAUUAGAAGGAGAUUAUACUCUUCUUCUUCUUCCAAAAUAAGCAUGAGCUUGAGAGCAGGCAUCGUCGGUCUCCCCAACGUCGGAAAAUCCACUCUUUUCAAUGCUGUUGUUGAGAAUGGAAAGGCUCAAGCUGCUAAUUUUCCUUUUUGUACAAUCGAGCCGAAUGUAGGCAUUGUUGCUGUUCCAGAUUCACGACUCCAUGUUCUUUCCGAACUCAGCAAAUCUCAAAGAGAAGUAGCAGCAUCUAUAGAAUUUGUGGACAUUGCUGGGCUUGUGAAAGGUGCCAGUCAGGGGGAGGGGUUGGGUAAUAAAUUCUUGUCACAUAUACGAGAGGUGGACUCCAUUCUUCAGGUUGUGCGCUGUUUUGAAGAUAACGACAUUAUUCACGUGAAUGGAAAAGUUAAUCCUAAAUCUGAUAUAGAUGUCAUCAAUUUAGAGCUUGUUUUCUCAGAUUUGGACCAGAUUGAGAAAAGAAUGGAGAAGCUCAAGAAAGGGAAAGGAAAAGAUUCGCAAUCUAAACUUAAGGAGGAAGCAGAAAAAUCUGCCUUGGAAAGGAUUCAACGUGCACUCAUGGAUGGAAAACCAGCACGCUCAGUUUCUUUAACAGAUUUUGAGAAGGAUUCUGUGAAGCAUCUUUGUUUGCUUACAAUGAAACCAGUCAUAUAUGUAGCCAAUGUUGCAGAAUCUGAUAUUGCAGACCCUGGAGGUAACCCCCAUGUCAAAGAAGUGAUGAAUCUUGCUUCAGAGUUGCAAUCUGGAAUGAUGACAAUUUCUGCACAGGUUGAGUCAGAGCUCACUGAACUUGCAUCUGAAGAGAGAACAGAAUAUUUGAAAUCUCUUGGUGUGAGUGAAGGUGGGCUUGGAAACCUUAUUCGGGCAACAUAUAGUCUUCUGGGGCUGCGUACAUACUUUACUUCAGGCGAGAAGGAAACAAAAGCAUGGACGAUACUUGCAGGAAUGACUGCACCUCAAGCAGCAGGAGUUAUUCACUCUGACUUUGAGAAAGGCUUCAUUCGUGCUGAAACGGUGGCCUAUGAUGAUUUUGUUGCUGCUGGUUCACUGGCAGCAGCAAGGGAAAAAGGACUUUUGAGAUCUGAGGGAAAAGAUUAUGUUGUACAAGAGGGAGAUGUAAUGCUAUUUCGUUUCAACGUAUAAUAGCUGUAUAUUUGGAGCUGAAGGCAACUUUUUGCUCUGUCUGAUGCUACACAAAUCAAAGGACUAGACGGUCGGCUUACUCCUAACUCCUUUUGGGAAUCCAGUGGUCUGAACAUCCCAUUAGGAGGUAAGUAUGAUACAAUUGGGAGCUUUCACCAUAUAUCACUUACGAGAUUUAUAUAUAGACAAUGCUUGUUGUAGUAUCAGAUUCAUCAAUUCAUUACAGUUCCAUUGCAAGGAAAAGAACCCUUCUCUGCUCUCCUUCCUGUCAUUAUGACAUCAAAUGUGUUUAAUCCCAAAUAUGUUGCUCCACAAGGAUAAAGUUCUGCUACAUUCUUUUUGUCCUUUCGGAGAAUAAAGGCAGUUCAAGGUUCUGGUAAAUUCAGGAACUCAUAUUUCAAUGUAAGUAGAAACUAGCAAAUUGUGUGAGUUUUUUGGCAAGUCAUUGAAACAGUACCCCGUUACUGGUUCAAAGUGGU